UGCUAUUCCUUUUUUUACAGAAACCUGGAGGUGUGAUUGCACUUCUUGAUGAAGCAUGCAUGUUUCCUAAAUCAACACAUGAAACCUUUGCACAAAAACUUUAUCAGACAUUUAAAACGCACAAACGCUUCAUCAAGCCCAAGCUUUCACGCACUGAUUUUGCAAUUAAUCAUUAUGCCGGAGAGGUUGUGUAUCAAUCUGAUCUUUUUCUGGACAAAAACAAGGAUUAUGUUGUGGCAGAACACCAAGAUUUGUUGGGUGCUUCAAAAUGCUCAUUUGUUUCAGGCCUUUUUCCUCCUCUGCCUGAGGAAACAAGCAAGUCUUCUAAAUUUUCAUCAAUCGGUGCUCGCUUUAAGCUACAACUGCAGGCUUUGAUGGAUACAUUAAAUUCCACAGAACCCCAUUAUAUCAGAUGUGUGAAGCCAAAUAACCUUCUAAAACCUGCCAUAUUUGAGAAUUCCAAUGUCAUGCAACAAUUACGCUGUGGUGGUGUUCUUGAGGCUAUAAGAAUCAGCUGUGCUGGAUUUCCUACGCGUCGUAUUUUCUAUGAAUUUUUACAUCGUUUUGGUGUUUUUGCUCCAGAAGCUUUUGUUGGGAACGAUGAAAAGACAGCUUGCAGGAAGAUUCUGGAAAGUAAAGGCUUGAAAGGAUUUCAGAUAGGUAAAACAAAAGUUUUCCUUAGAGCCGGUCAGAUGGCAGAGUUAGAUGCUCUACGAGCUGAAGUUCUUAACAGAGCAGCAAAGACUAUUCAAAAUCAAAUACGAACACAUAUUUUGCAGAAGCAAUUUAUUGCUUUACGGAAGGCUGCCAUUCAUGUGCAAUCAUUGUGGAGAAGAAGAUUGGCUUGUAAGUUGUAUGAUAACAUGAGAAGGGAGAAUGCUGCAAUUAUAGUUCAGAAAAAUUGGCAGCGACAUAACUCUAAGAAGGCUUACAAAAAACUGCAAUAUUCAGUUCUUGUCCUACAAAGUGGUUUUAGAUUUUUGGCUGCUCGGAAUGAGUUUAGAUUUAGGAGACAAACAAAGGCAGCAAUUUUUAUUCAGGCUAAAUGGCGUUGUUAUAGAGCUCAUUCAUACCACAAGAAACUAAAGAGAGCAGCAAUUGUUACCCAGUGUCGAUGGAGGGGAAGGGUUGCAAGGAUAGAGCUUAGGAAGCUAAAAAUGGCUGCACGAGAAACAGGUGCCCUCAAGGAAGCAAAGGAUAAACUCGAAAAGGCAGUAGAAGAUCUUACAUGGCGUUUGCAGUUGGAAAAGCGUUUGCGGACAGACUUAGAGGAAGCUAAAGGACAAGAAAUUGCAAAAUUACAGAACUCUUUGCAAGAACUGCAAAGUAAAGUAGAUGAGACAACUGCAAUGCUUGUCAAGGAACGAGAGGCAGCUAGGAAGACUAUUGAGGAAGCACCUCCUGUUGUCAAGGAAACUACUGUUCUUGUGCAAGAUACUGAGAAGAUUGACUCCUUGACAGCUGAGGUGGAGAAUUUGAAGGCUUCACUACAGUUUGAAAAACAAAGAGCUGAUGAUGUUGAAAGCAAAUACACUGAAGAACGACAAGCAAACGAAGAAAAAACGAAGAAGUCACUUGAAGAUGGAGGACAAAUACUUCAACUGAAGGAAACCGUGCAUAGGCUUGAAGAGAAGCUAGCAAACGUGGACUCAGAAAAUAAGGUAUUUCGUCAGCAGGCUUUAUCCAUGGCACCCAAUAAAUUGUUAUCUGGACGCACAAAAUCAAUACUUCAGAGGAGUUCUGAAAAUGGUCAUUCUAUCAAUGGCGAAACUAGAAGUCUCACAGAUUCCCUUAGUUCAUCAUUUAACAUGAGGGAGAGUUCUGAAAUAGAGGAUAAACCACAAAGAAAUCUCAAUGAAAAACAACAGGAAAACCAAGAAUUGAUGAUUAGGUGUAUUGCACAAGACUUGGGAUUUUCAGGAAAAAGACCUGUUGCUGCUUGUAUUACUUAUAAAUGUCUUCUGCAAUGGCGAUCAUUUGAAGUGGAGCGCACAAGUGUUUUUGAUCGUAUUAUUCAGACAAUUGGUCAUGCCAUCGAGACUCAGGAUAAUAAUCAGAUAUUGGCUUAUUGGCUUUCCAAUUCUUCAACGUUAUUGUUGCUGCUCCAACGCACAUUGAAAGCAAGUGGUGCAGCAGGCAUGGCACCCCAACGUCGCCGCUCAUCAUCGGCUACUCUUUUUGGGAGGAUGACUCAAAGUUUUAGAGGUACACCACAAGGUGUGAACCUUGCGUUAAUUAAUGGGAGUUUGACAAGUGGAGUAGAUAAAUUACGCCAAGUUGAAGCAAAGUAUCCUGCUCUAUUAUUCAAGCAACAGCUCACUGCAUAUGUGGAGAAAAUAUAUGGAAUGAUCCGGGAUAAUUUGAAGAAAGAGAUAUCUCCAUUGGUUGGUUCAUGCAUUCAGGCCCCACGAACAUCAAGAGCUAGUCUCGUCAAAGGGUCUUCUCGUUCACCUGGAACUACUGCCGCACAACAAAUUUUGAUUGCUCACUGGCAAGGGAUUGUUAAGAGUCUUGACAGUUUCUUGACCACGUUGCAAGCAAAUCACGUGCCUCCGUUCUUAGUUCGGAAGGUCUUUACACAGAUAUUCUCCUUUAUAAAUGUACAAUUAUUUAACAGUCUUCUUUUAAGGAGAGAAUGCUGCUCAUUUAGUAAUGGUGAGUUUGUUAAAGCAGGAUUAGCUGAACUGGAACAUUGGUGCUACAAAGCAACUGAUGAGUAUGCAGGUUCGUCGUGGGAUGAACUAAAGCAUAUAAGACAGGCUAUUGGGUUCCUGGUCAUCCAUCAAAAGCCAAAGAAGACCUUGGAUGAAAUUAGCCAUGACCUUUGUCCUGUACUCAGUGUGCAACAAUUAUAUCGGAUAAGUACAAUGUACUGGGAUGAUAAAUAUGGAACGCAUAGUGUGUCUCCUGAGGUUAUAUCCGACAUGAGGGUGCUGAUGAUUGAAGAUUCAAACAAUCCUGUAAGCACCUCGUUCUUAUUAGAUGAUGACUCAAGCAUACCAUUUUCAGUUGAUGAUAUAUCAAAGUCAAUGGAACCGAUUGACAUUGCUGACAUAGAGCCACCCCCACUUGUUCAGGAGAACUCAGGUUUCAUGUUCUUGUUGCCUCGUGUUGACUAAGAACCAAAGCUAUUUCCCUGUAUUCAUCAUCUUCGAUUUGUGGGAUAUUUGAAUCUCUGAGGUGCUAACGACCAACCACUUCAAUAUACUUCAAACUUGCAAGAUUAGCAUUAUUCGCACUCAUGAUGCAGUCUUGCCAGCUACACUAAAGAACACCAGUACCUGAGUCUCUCUUUGUUUGUUUCAAGGGGGCAUUUUGUUAGGGUAUUUUGGUUGUAUGUAUAUUAGUUUUUGUAUCUUAGUUUCUCCAAAGAUUCAUGCAUGUAUUCAGCUGAACAAUUAAUUGUUUCUUCUAUAUGAUCAACGUUAUAAAGAUUUAGACACCCAAGCUGGUUAAGAUUCUUGGGGAAAAAAUUGUUCGUGUUUCAGC